GCGUCGCGACGCCACACAAUCUCCAGUUUGUCCUGACGCCAGCUCCACGAGUUUUCCCCCCGUACGUUACAACAAUACGAAUCAGUGACAAAAGACACGACUUUUCAAAACGUCAACGAAUCGUCUUCAAACCAUACCAUUCUUCUUUCAACAACAUUUACUUCCGGUUUCUUCGCAUUCAACCGGGGGAAUCAUGUUUCUGAAUGGGCCAGUAUAUUGUUUGGCGAGGCUGCUGCUCUUCGUUGCAGUUUUCAACGCUGCUUCAGCUGUAAUCAAAGGAAACGCCGAUUAUCAACGCUAUCAGCAACAGGUUGCUGGAGAACAUUUCUCAAAGGAUUUUUAUCGACAGGAUUUGAAGAAUGGUUUAAUAAGUUCUUAUACGCGUUUUAAACCCGUCACAGACUGUAUGUUUAUCACGGCAGAGCCGGGAUCUUUCAUAUAUACCUCAAAAACUGACGACGACGAAGUUUGUGGAAUUUUCUUCCUAGCUGGACCGGAUCAAAAAGUAGAAAUUAACUUUCUCACCUUUGACAUACCUUGUGAACACCGUGGAUUGAUUUCGGUCGUCGAUGGCUGGGAAUUAAACGGUGAAGUGUUCCCUAGCGAAAUGGACCAUCGAUUGCCGCUGAAACAGAGAAGCAGCGAAUUCUGUGGUAAAAAUAUCGGUGCGAAGAGGAGCUUCACAAGUUCACAAAACGCAGCGGUUAUCCGAUACAGAAUACCAAAGCCUGGGAAAGGGUUCACGCUCUUCGCCAAAUUUUUGAAAAAUCCUAGACCUUGCAAUGUUUUGGCAGCGAGCGUAGAGGAACCGUACACGCUGCGCAAUUAUGGACGGCGUAUUAACUGCACCUACGUCGCACUUUAUCCAGGCACUGUACAUGUGAUCGCACUUGGCGUUGGGGUUUCGAAUUUCCUCGGAGCCACUCGUACCACUGAAACCGGAACUCUACGAAAAUGCGAUGAAACCAGUCCGCACGAUCAAGUGAUAAUUGGAGGCAGCGACGGCCUGGACACGUCCAAAGUUCAGAUAGUUGAUUCUAUUUGCGGGAUAGAUUCUAAACCAGAUUAUCGGGAGCUGGUGGAGUACGGCGUAACUUCUGUUCGAUUGGUAUCCAGUGGCUUCUACGAGAAUUCCGUGACAGUGCAAGUUCAGCCUCUCAAGAACGAAUUACUCGACGCGAAUCUUAGCAUCUAACCGCGUUAGCUUGUAAACCUUAUUAUGUUCGAUGCUUGAAACGAUUGGAAACUCUACCGUGAAUGUGUUUAUUAUCGAAUCCAUCAAAAUCCUAUGCGUCUUUCAGAAAUUUUUGCAAACUCAAUUCACCAGGUCUAUUGAUUAUUCAUUAAUAUUCCACUUGCGUAGUCUUUAUAAAGAUACUUGGAAUCUUGUUUCCUAUUAUAUUUAUAUCAUUUAGUUAGAUUAGGUAUGAGGGAUGUGUUUUAUUGAGAGGUAUCGCUUUUCGUUAAGAAUCCUGAUGGUCUGCAUUAAUAAGGGAAGUUAUCUAGGUUUAAAUUUAAUAGAAAGUUUGAUUUAAAUACUGGUUAAUUUUAAAAGCGCAAAACAAUUAAAUUUUAUGACAUCCUACAUAUGUAUCUUUCAAAAUUCAACAUAGACGAGAAAAGUGGGGUCAAAGUUGAGGUAUUGGUGCUUGAAAAAUACCAGAAGAUAUAAGUGGUUUUUCUUCUGUAAUUUUUAUGUUCUUUUAAGUUCUUUUAAAUAAUAUAAAUGAAGUGGUUAAGAUAAAAGAAAAUAUAUAUUUUGAUUUUUCAUUGUUUUUAUAUUUUAAUAAAUUAAUAGUUAGGUAACUUUCCUUGUUAUUGUAAUACAAAGGAGAAGAAAAAGCAUGUUUUGUUCAUAGACAAUAUAUUCUGAAUUCUUAAAUAAUUGAUGAUUUGAUAUGUCGUGAGAUUUGUGAUAAAUGGAUUUAAAUACUUGUUGAAUGUGUAGAUCAAUCUUAGCGGCUUAGAAGUAAUGAGAGAAAGGCCUCGAGUUUUUAUUCUUGUGGGACUGCGAAGAAAUUGGUUGGAACGUGCCAAUUGCUUUUAACGAAUCAACUGAAUAAACUGUACUCACUCAUCGGGCUCUAUUUAUUUAUUAUCGAUAGAUUUAUAGAAAUAGUACGACUUCUUAUUAUUAUAAAUGACGUGCUCGUUUGUUUAAAUAAAUUAUUUCAUUUGAAACCAA